AUGUUGGAGGAAAACGCAGUAAACCUCUGUGGGAUCCGUCCUGACGACACAGUCCUGGAGCUGGGCCAUGGGCCGGGCCUGGGGCUCGUGGCUGCAGCCCCUCUCCUCUCUGGGCCCAAGGGGAAGCUGAUUGGUGUCGACUACUCAGAUUACAUGCACCAACUUGCCACCAAGAGGGUGAAGGAGCUCAUUGCAUGCGGCAAGGUGACCCUCCAUCACGGCAUCAUGGCAGUGAUGCCCAUCCCAGAUAACAGUGUUGAAAAUGUUUACCACUGCAACUGUUACUAUUUCUGGCCAGAUCUGAGAGAGGGCAGCCUGGAGAUACUCAGGGUGAUGAAGUCAGACAAGGUAUCCCUCUGCAGGAGCCCCCAAUACCAGACCCCGCCCCCCAAUGCCUGA